AUCACCUGCGACCUGUACCGGCUGGUCAGCCCGGCGCGCGCCGGCGUGGAGCUGCUGCUGGCCGCCAAAGGGGACAAGGACGGCGCCGACGAAGCGGCGGCGGCGGCGGUGGCGGUGACCGAACCGGGCGGCGUGGCGGCCGAAGGUCCGGCGCCGCCGCGGGACUGCACGUCCGGCUUCCACGUGGACGUGGUGGUGACGGGCGUGGUGGACCAGUGCGUGUUUUUCGGCAAGGACAGCGCCAAGCAGGUGACGGAGGAGACGGUGCGGCUGCCGGACGAACCGCCGCCGCCGGGGCAGCUUUUCCUCCUGCCCGGCCGGUCCGAGGAGCCGGCGGCCACCGCGGCCACACCGGGACGAGAGGCACCCGGGGACCCGGCGCUGUGCCGGCUGUACCGGCACGUGUCCCACGAUUUCCUGGAGAUCCGCUUCAAGAUCCAGCGGCUGCUGGAGCCGCGGCAGUACAUGCUGCUGCUGCCCGAGCACGUCAUGGUGAAGAUCUUCAGCUACCUGCCCACGCAGGCGCUGGCCGCCCUCAAAUGCUCGUGCCACUAYUUCAAAUCCAUCAUCGAGACCUUCGGCGUGCAGGCCACGGAUUCCCGCUGGAACCGCGACCCCCUGUACCGCGACGACCCCUGCAAGCAGUGCAAGAAGCGCUACGAGCGGGGGGACGUGUCCCUGUGCCGCUGGCACCCCAAACCUUACCACCACGACCUGCCCUACGGCCGCUCCUACUGGAUGUGCUGCCGGCGGCCGGACCGGGACGCGCCCGGCUGCCGGACGGGGCUGCACGACAACAACUGGGUGCACCCGGCCGGCCGCAGGGAGGACGGCAGGUGAAGGAUGGACGGCUUGGGGGACACUUUGGGGACACUUUGGGGUGGGGAAGGGACGCGCGGAAGGAUGGAAAAAAAGGAAAUUGAAUGGUUGAGUGUGGACGUGUGGACGGGGAAGAAGGGGGUGGAAGUGUCUGGGAGUGUCCCCAGGGAUGGGGCUGACCCCAACCGGGCUGAUGGCCCCAUGGAGGCUAAUGGGGACAGCCCAGUAGCAACAAUCCCAGUGGCUCUCGGAAGGACAGUGUCCCUCAGAGGGUGACAUUCCCCUCCAGGGUGGCAACCCAAUGUGGGGACAACCAGUAGUGCUGGUCCCAAGGAAGGGGGUGGCCACACAGGUUGGGGUGACCCUCAGAAUGGUCACAACCCCGCCCAGGUGCAGCCCCACCAAGAGGGGUGACAACCCCACAGAAAGGCUGGUGGCACUGGGGAGGGUGGUGACCUGUCCCUUUGAGUGAUGGCCCUGCUCCGGGGAUGGUGACACCACACGCUGAGGGUGACACUCCAGGGGGGUGGCAGUCCCAAGAAUAAGGGCCGUGGUCAUCUCCUGCGUG